GUCAAAACAACUUUUUUGCAAUCAUAUGGAAGAAAAAAAUUUAACGUAGUUUACUAUUUUAAACCUUUUGCGAUAACUAUACUAUUAAAAAAACGUUAAGAAUUUAAAUUACGUUGCUAAAAGCGAAUAGUUUCACGGUAAGAGACGUGGCAUUAAUUCAAAAAUGUAAAUAAAAAGCUUUUGCGUUGGCGUAUUUGUAAGUGAAUAAUUUUAUUGGUGUUGUUGAUAACAAAUUGUUAAGAGAUAAAAAUUUGAGAUGUUCGAUUGAAAAGGAAAGAUGGUUUACUUAGAAAAUUUACAAUCGGUUUUGUCUGUAACCGUAUCUGUUUCUACAAUUUUACAAUUUUUAUCUGGAGUGUUGGUGUGUAAGAAAAUCGUCGAACGUAAAAGCAGUGGAGAUAUAUCUCCUGUUUCAUUCAUUUGUGGUCACCUUUCAACAUCUUUAUGGUUAAGAUAUGGAUUCUUAAUUGACAAUUUUUCUGUUAUUUUUGUUAACAGUAUUGGGUGUUUAUUAUUUCUUUCAUACACAAUCAUUUAUGGGUAUUAUACUAUUAAAAAGGUUAUUUUAUGGAGGCAAUUUUACAUAUCAUGUACAGUAUUAUUAUUAAUUUUGGCUUAUUCUACUUACUACAGACAUGACAGUGAUUUACAGCAAAAUAUGGGUAUUAUUUGCUGUGUAGUUACAGUAAUAUUUUUCGCAUCACCCCUUUCUUCUGCCAUGUAUGUCAUUAAAAUGAAAAAUACAAGUAGUUUACCAUUUCCAUUGAUUGUUGCAAAUUUUAUUGUGGCUACUCAGUGGUAUGUUUAUGGGGUUUUAUUGGAAGAUCAAUUUAUACAGAUUCCCAAUUUAUUAGGAAGUUUGUUAUCCCUUUUCCAACUACUUUUAUUCUGCAUUUUUCCAAGUAAAAAGUAUCAAUCUUUAGAAGAUGACAUUUAAAAUUAAAUAAUUAUAUCUGUAAAUGAGAAAAUGUUCAUAAAAGUAUAUAUUUAAACAUAAUAAGAUGGAGCACUACUUAAGAAUUUGUAAAUCAGCUUAUUGUUCCAUUAUAUUUUCAUGUAAUGUUAAAGAUAAAAGUUGGUGUUUUAGAAUUACUGACAAAACUGUGUUCUCUCUGUGGAUUAAAUAAACAAUGUGAUGUCAUAUUAAAUAAAUAUAUUGUUCCUCUUCA